GGCGCCAUCUCAGCCCUUCCCUACAUUGGUUUCUUCCUUGUCAUUAACAUCUCUGGUGUGGCAUUUGAUGCUGUCAUGUCCAAACAACUGGUGACCAGAACAGUGGCCAGAAAAGUUGGUAACACUUUGGGUAAGUAGUUGUAGCUGUUAACGCCUUGAUUAAGUAGCUUUAGUUGGUAGCACCAUAGGUAAGUAGGUGUUGCUGUCGUUAGUUAACACUUUGGGCUAGCCGUUGUUUGUAACACAGUGUAAGUAUUUGUAUUUGGUAACAUCUUGGAUUAGUAGAUGUCAAAGAUAAAACAUUUAUGUAAUUUUAUACUUUGGUUGAAAAAAUUUGAAACUCAAAUAUCAAAGAUAAGAGAUCAGUGUUUUUCCUUCUUUUUUUUAACUUACAUUUUUAAAUCUUUAAAAUUAGGUUUAUACUUCACCUCAUGUUACUUUGUCUAAAAAUUGAAAUAAUAAUUUGAUUUGAAAUUUCCCUUUAUCAGAGAAAUGAACUCUUUUUUAGUUAUUAUUUAAUGUUAAUGCUAGAGUGGUUUCAAUAAACACUACAAGAAUGUAGAAAUAAAGAUAGGAGUAAUAUAGAAUACAUUAUGGGUUAAAUAUUUACAAGGAAAAUGACAAAUCUUAUCGAAAUUAAAUCAACAUGGCAAAGUGCACGGUCAAAUUAGUAACGUUACCGGUUUUUUUCCUACUUUAAUUUUUUUCUUUGGUUGUUGCCAUUUUUUUUGUUUUGUUUUGUUUAGUUUUUGUUUUUGUUUUUACUCGCUGUAGUAGUAGUUGUUCAUAUUUUUAUUCGGAUUAUUUUGCUGUUGCCGUGGCUAAUUCAAUAUGUAUUAGUACUUUUAUGUAUUGUUGUUAAUAUUUCUAUUGUUGUUUCUAAAGACCUUUGUUUUGUUGUCAGAUCGUUAUUGCUAUUGUUAUCGUUGUAAACGUUGAUCUUUUAAAAAAAGUAUCCGUGAAGCGCCGGGUAACACAGCUAGUAAAUAUACUGAGACUGGUUCCCUUAAUAACCCAAAUCCCAAAUUUUUGAACAAAUUGAUCAUUUUUUCCCCCCUAGGCCUGUUGGUCCCCGGGAUAUUCGUCCUGGGAGUGGGCUAUUUUGACUGUGGACGUGCCGGUUGGGCUGUGACGCUACUGGUCAUAGGUGUGUCCAUGAGUGGGUUCCAGUACGGAGCAGGCUUCCUCACCAACCCGGGUGACAUCGCUCCACAGUAUGCUGGUAUCAUAUUCGGGUUGUCAAAUACGUUCGCCACACUGCCGGGGUUUAUAGUGCCUAGUGUAAUUGGCUACAUUACUACAGAUGUAAGUACAUACUCUGUCAUAAUCAGGAAUAUUACGCCUAAUGUAAUUGGUUACAUUACAACAGAUGUAAGUAAAUACUCUGUAAUAAUAAGGAUAAGUGCACCUAAUGUAAUUGGUUACAUUAAUACAGAUGUAAUUAAAUACUAUGUCAUAAUCGGGAUUAUUGCGCCUAAUGUAAUUGGUUACAUUACUACAGAUGUAAGUACAUACUAUGUCAUAAUCAGGAUGUAAUCGGUUACAUUACUAAAGAUGUAAGUACAUACUUUGUCAUAAUCAGGAUUAUUGCGCCUAAUGUAAUUGGCUACAUUACUACAGAUGUAAGUACACAGUCGGUCAUAAUCAGGAUUAUUGCGCCUAAUGUAAUUGGUUACAUUACUACAGAUGUAAGUACAUACUAUGUCAUAAUCAGGAUUAUUGCGCCAAAUGUAAUUGGUUACAUUACUACAGAUGUAAGUACAUAAUAUGUUAUAAUCAGGAUUAUUGUGUCUAAUGUAAUUGGUUGCAUUACUACAGAUGUAAGUACAUAAUAUGUCAUAAUCAGGAUUAUUGUGUCUAAUGUAAUUGGUUGCAUUACUACACAUGUAAGUACAUACUCUGUCAUAAUUAGGAUUAGUGCGCCUAAUAUAAUUGGUUACAUUACUACAGAUGUAAGUAUAUACUCAGUCAUAAUCAGGAUUAUUGCACCUAAUGUAAUUGGUUGCAUUACUACACAUGUAAGUACAUACUCUGUCAUAAUCAGGAUUAGUGCGCCUAAUGUAAUUGGUUACAUUACUACAGAUGUAAGUAUAUACUCAGUCAUAAUCAGGAUUAUUGCACCUACUGUAAUUGGUUACAUUACUACAGAUAUAUGUUCAUACUCUGUCAUAAUCAGGAUUUAAAGCACUAAAUAGUACUCAAUGAUUUUUUCUCUUCGACAAGUUUUGUAAAUAAAUUUGAUUACAAGUAUAAAAUGUUAUAACUGAAAGGAGUCGACCUUUGUGUACAAUCUUAAAUGUUGUAACUUAAAGGAGUCGCAACCCUAUAAUUUCAACUGUUUUAACAUAAAGGACUCGACCACCGCUUACAGCCUCAACUGUUAUAACUUAAAGAAGUUUGCCCCGUAAAAUCGCAAAUGUUUUAACUUAAAGAAGUUGACCAUCGCUUACAAUCUCUGUUGUCGUAACUGAAACUAUUCGACGACUGCGAACAAUCUCAACUUAGAGGUCUCUACGAACGUAUACCAUCUCUAAUUUUGUAACUUAACAGAGCCAUCUACUGCGUGCAAUCCCAACUGUUGUGACCUUAAGGGCUUGACGACGCCACACACUCCGGAGGCCUUACACCCGCUCCGUCCACCUUUCUACGCCACCAUGUGGUCAUCACUCUUGCAUUUUACUGACCCUCAAAGCAUUCGUGAUAUCACAUCCUUUAAAGCAGGCCUGCACAACCUACGGCCCGCGGUCUGCCAGCACCCAAUUCGCGGCCCGCGAAGUAACGAAAUGUUCUUUUUUAUUAUUAUUUUCUUAAUAGCUCCCCCCCCCCCGUCCUAUUUUUUUACGGCCCGCAUACGUUUUUCAUAAAGUAUUACGGCCCGCCUUACAUUUUGAGUCGUGCAGUCCUGGAUGAAAAUAUUGAUUUCUUAAUUGACGUAGUUGUAUGGUUUAUGUUCAAGGCGUCAUCGCAGAUUCACUCGGGCGUACGCUUCAGGUCUUUGGGCAUGUUUUCGUGUUGCUGAAAUUGAUUGACAAUCUGAUUAGACUGAGUCGGUCACGUGACUAAUUGUCUCCGGUUUAUCUGAGCAGUUUUUAACAUGUGCUUGCUGUGGCGACUUAAGACUGGGCAAUUCGUAUUUUUAAACUUAUUCCAUAAUAAAGCUAGGGCAUAAUAUUCAUGUAUAUCAAAUCAUAAAAUGGUUUGUGACUUUAGUCGUUCACUGAGCGAGGUGCAUGGUGGGUAAUUUUAUUUCUUCUAUGACUCUGAAUAAAUUUUAUCUUUAAUAAAAAAGUAACUCUAAAAAAAAGUUAAUGUGAUUUCAUGAAGUUUUGAAAAAAAUUAAUAGUAAAGGAAGAACUUCAAAACAAAAAUAAUGUUCCCAAGAUAGUAUGGAGCUUCCAUAGACCUCUUCAAACCACAUUUUCAAAAUAUUAACCAUUGCCAUCAAAAUAUAUUUAGCUAUGGAAAUUACCAAAAUCUUGGCUAAAUGAACGUUUUAGAAGAUUGAUCAUUUAAACAAUGUAUAACCAAAAUAUUCAAGAUGUAGUAAUAUCAAUAAACUAGAUAUAGCCCGCCAAACAAUGGCGACAGCAAUGCGUGAACUUCCGAUCUAGUAAAGUUACUUGACAAAACAUGAACUCAAGUAACGCACAUUUAAGAAUCCCAAUAUUUGCUACACCCCUUCCCACAUGAUACGUCACUGCACACUUUUUAUUUCACGCCCAUGAACUAUAUUAAUAUUCUCAUGUCCCAACCACUUUUAAACUUUUUGACACAAUACUUAAAUUGAGACGAUUUCAUUUCCGAAAAGACAAUAUCACUCACCAAACGCAAUUGCGUCAUUAAAAAAAUAUAUAUAUCAUUUAGCGUAGUUAUCGGGGAUUAUAUUUUGCGCGCUAUUGAACUCAUUACUGAACCACGCUCUGAUGUAUCUAUAAAUAGCCUGCUUGGUGUUUGAUCCGUCUUGUUUGACCUUUGUUGGCGAAUUAUAUUUAUUGAUAGAUGUGUUUUAAUAAUGUAGCUCGAAUAAUUUCAACACGUUUAGGAUCGUACACCUUUACACCCCCUAACUCCCCUUAUUUUCUCUCCAUUUUUUCUGAUUUAUUUUGUAUAGAAAACAAAAAUAACCCACAUCCUCCAACUUAUCUUCCCAUCAGCAAACACAGAGCCAAUGGCAGACCGUGUUUUACAUCGCCAGCGCAAUCUAUGCAUUCGGAGCUCUGUUUUUUAUCGUGUUCGCCUCGGGUGAGAUCCAGGACUGGGCAGUGGAGAGGACCGAGAUGGAGGUUGUCGUUAAAUCAAACGAGCAGGGGGCGUUAUCUGAAGUCGUAAAAUCAAAACAGCAGGAGCCGUCAGCUGACGUCAUCAAUGCAAAAGAUGGCCGCCUUGAGGCAUCAGCUGACGUCAUUAAAUCAAAAGAUGGCCGCCUUGAGGCGUCAGCUGACGUCAUCAAAUCAAAAGAUGGCCGCCUUGAGGCGUCAGACGCGGUGAGUCGAUUAUAACGGCUGACGACUGCACUUCAAAUUGAAGAUGUUAUUCAUUUGUGUCAGCUGUGGACAGCCGCGUAGCUAUCUGUAUGGCGUUCACAGCUUGAAGAGUGAGUGGGAGAAAUACAAUACAGCUCAAUGAAGCUAGUCAAUUAAUAGGUAUUUGGAGACCUGCAUUGUCGUUUUCUUCAUGUAUGUUCAUUGAACUUUCUACUAGUUAUUGGCAACGUAUCUAACAAACUCGGAAUGUAGAACACAAAUUUAAACUUUCGAUUAGAUGCCGACAGAAUGUUCUUUUCUGGUUUAGGCCGAAAGCAAACCGAAAGUUAAAAAUGCUGAAACCGAAGCUGAAACCAAAAGCUUUACGACACUGAAACCCGAAAGAUAUAUUUUAACUAGGUAAAUUAUCGCAAAAAUUAUAAUAUAAAUAUUAUCAUUCCCUUAGUUUUUUUUUCCACAAAACUGUUUACCUUUAUUUAAGCCUAAUUGUAAUUUUUUUUUUUUUAUUGGAGAAGUAUGUCAUCAUGCAGCUGUGAGCAGUUUUUGCAUCGGGCAUGUCAUAUUAUGACAGCAAGACGUCAAGCAGAAAUGAAUUUUGGAUUGCCGGCCAACAGACAGAGUGAAAGUCUGACUUCUGGUAGACUACCGGAGGCCUAAAUCCCUUUCGGCAGAAACCGAAAGUUAGCUUUUCUCUUUUGACUGGAACCGAAACCACUCCGAAAAUUAUCAUAAGGCAUGUUUCGACGUCAAAGCCAAAACACAAAAUUCGGUCGGCCUCUAACUACGCUAGAGUAAACGUGUUUAUUGGAUGUUAUUUUAAGAAUAAAUAGUAAUGACUACUGAACUGUUUUCAGUCCGUAGUGGCUUCACAUGGCUCAGCUUAUUUUUAAUCGUGGUGGCCCAAAAUUUUUUUUUUUUUUUUUUUUUUUUCCCAAGCCGCUAGCCACGUGCAAUCAAGCUAGAGUGCAUCUUACACUGCUUAGAACAGCAAACGCGAUAUGUUACGUUAGCUCUUGAUCAGCAACUCACUAUGAAUGAGAACCCACUUCGUCACCGUUAGAGACGCAUUUAAAACGUAAUAGCGCUUGCAUCAUAUUUAACAUAUUAUAUCGAAUCAAACUAUUAUAUUGAGCAUUUGACUCCAUUAAUGACGUGUGUGAAGGCUUCUAGUCAACCAAGCUGAAAACCGACUUCUCUUAUGUCUAUACAUAUAUAUAUAUAACAUUGUUCAUCAAUCAUUAAGCAUGAUGAUGAGUAAUUGUGACCUAGAAUUUGACUGUGACUAUGACUUUGACCAUGACUUUGCUGCAAGAAAGAACAAAAAGUUAUUCUGACGUGUACACAUGACGGAAAUGUUUCUGACAAUUUAAAUGGACUCGUUCACGAGUCGCCGGUGAAGUAUUGGUUAGCCGAUAGCUUACCACGCCAGUCAAUCAAGUCCAACAUGUUAUGUGAUACACUAAUAAAUGGUUUAAAUUUAUGUUUGACUAAAUAAAGUUCCACUAUAAGAAUUUGCAAACAAUUAUAUUUGUUUAUUUCGUAUGUUAGUCUUGACAGUGUUAGUCUUAACCAUAUACUCCUUUCAAAUGAAACAAAAUAAAUAAAAAUACACAUGUAAUGCAAUGAUAUAAAACUGUUUGUGUAGGUUUGUGAACAAUAGAUACAUAAUAACUGCCAAAUUGGACAUGAUGUUUGAUAUCAAUAUAAUACAAUUGAAAAUAAAUUCCGUAUGUAUGU